GUCAGUGUCCAAACAAUCGUCUCAGUGAAGCAAGUGUUAGUGCAUUCAGCAUUAAAAACCCGUGAAAAAGCCUCCAAUAAUCAAAAUUUUCAUUCUAAAUAUCUUCAAGACCUGACGAUGUUCGUGAAGAGAAGCAGAAUAUCACUGAGAACCUGAAUACAGCCCUUCAGAAGAAAUUCCCAAAAAUUUGGCAUUCAAUUUUCCUUAUUCAGCCCUUGCGAAGCCUCAAUCUCAAGCCGCAACUCAAUCAAAAAAUGGAGGUUGACGAUGCCACCAGAGUCCCUGAAGCCCUCUCCACCCCCUCGCCCAGCAGUUCCCCCCGGAAAUGCAACCUCUCCUUCUCCUUCAACUUCGACGUCGACGGCAUCGACAGCGAGAGCACAACGGACUCCGAGACCCCCGGUCUCCAGAUCGACGUCUCCGAGGUAAUAAAUUACCAGAAGACCCGAAAGCGAAAGUACAUAGAGAUCGAGGAGACCUCAGCAAUCGACGAGAUGGAGGAGGAAAUCGAGAGACAGUUGGAUGCCAAAGCAGCAAAAACCAAUUUGACAGCGACAAACGUGAAGAACAUCCUCAAGCACGUGAUCACGAACGAGCACGUCCUGGCGAUGGUGCAGAACAGUGUCCACAAUACCGAGGAGGGUGCGAUAUUCGAGCCCAAGUUGACUCGAGCCAAGGCGAAGGAGCUGGCGAUGGCGCAGCCCAACAUCCCCUGGCCGAUGACGCCAGUGAAGAAGCCAAGGUCUUCCGAGGUUCAGGCUCUGAUCAGCGAGGAUUUCCACGAGGAUUCGUCCGACGAGGAGUACAACCCUGACCACGACCAGCAGAGUGAGGACGAGGGGGAUCACCUGACGAACAGCGACGUCGAUUCGUCUCCAGCAACUCCAGUCACUCAAGUCGAGAGUCAAAUUCCUCCUGAUGGAUCAACUGGUGAUCAAUUGCCUCGUGUUGACGUGCACUACGACGAGGAGGGGGUCUUCAAGAUCCCCUCGAUCCCCCACGUGCCCACCGAGGAGGAGAGCAUCGGCCAGAGGACGAGGUCCAAGUUGUCUCUGAGUGAAACACCCCUGGAGCACAUCGAACAGGCGUUCAUUCCCCCUGACAUCACCACUGACAUGUACGAUUGGGAUUAUGAUAUGGAUGAGGAGUGGAACAAGUUCUUGACGGAGUUCACUCAGCCGCUGCAGCCCAAUGGGGAGGACGACCCCGAGGCUGAUCCUGAGUACAAUAUUCUCGAGGACAGGGAGAGCGAGAUGCUGGACAAGGAGGAGAUCAGGGAUGACAAGGCGGUGAAGGUCUCCAGGAAGGAGCUGAAGGACCUUGUGGCUGAGCUGUUUGAAUUUGAGGACAUGUUCGCCAAGGGGGAGAUUCAGGAGGGACAGGAGGGCGGCAGGAAGAGGAAGAGCUUGGAGGCCUCCGUGGGGUCUGUGCAUAAUAAUUCAACGGAUAAUGGUCUGACUUUUCAGGAUAAUCCAAUGGUGAAUCUUCUACCAGCACUAGCAGAGCCAGAGUUACCAAAGAUCGUGAGCUUCGAGCACAGUAAUCUCAUAGCCAUUCAGUUCCAGCAGCACGUACAAUUGAUGGUACAACACUUUGUGAUGACUUAUCAACAUCCAGAGCUCCAUUCACAGUCAAUAACGUGCAAGGAUAACUUAAAUAGUAUAAAUUUUCUUCGCACUGGAGAUCAUUCAGCAUUCAAUGUCUUGAAUCUCCCUGAUGCUCUAGUCCUGGCCAACGAUUGGGAGGAGAAAUUCAAGGAUGAGAAAUUUCGAGCUGAAUACAGUGACAUGCAGGCGAAUGAAAUUAAAGUGGCUCACAUGAAAGCGUCGAAAAAGCUGGGUUACACUCCGAAAUUUCAUCCCGAGAUGAUUAAACUGUUCAUGGAGAGUCGAGCGCUCAUGUACCCAGAGUUAUUACCUCAUGUGCCUAUGAAGAAUCCCCUGAGAAAGGGUAUCAAGGCUCCAUAUUCAAGAUCAGAGGAGUACCUGCUAGCCCUGGGGUUGGAGCAGUUCAUUCCCUUUCACGAAGGACGAGAACGUAAAUUCUCGUUCAAGAAGAUGAUCCUCAUGGAUGCAGCAAAGUCUAUCUCUGAGUUUUUGAUGCCUGCUAGGAGCCCCAAGGCUUUGUAUGGGCAUGUGGAGCUUCUGCGAGCUGCUGCUGACGACAAUCCGGUCGGUUAUUAUUUUAAGAAUGGGUAUGUCCCAAGUAGGAUUCAUUGCAUUGCGUUGGAUAAUACUGCGAGGGCACCGAAGGAACAACCCAAGGCUUCACUGCCUGUUGUGUGGCAGGAGAUUUCUAGUGAGGAGAAUUUAGCCGCCUCCACCACGACGUGUUCAACCCCCCUCAUCCGUUCUCUCUCCGAGUCCACCGACAACAUAGUAAUCGACGCGAGUUUCCUCUCCCCCCUAAUAAACAUGCUCCCCAACAUGCCGAACCUGGACCAGACCCCCCCAAAGAGGAACUCCAACCCCCUCGAGGAGGACUCCGCCCCCCAGGAGCACCCCCUGCAGCCCCCACAGCUGCGUCAGACAACCCCUCGCCUGGCAAAAAUCCGAAGUGCCCAAAACAUGAAGCUAAUGACCCAGGUAUCAGGCCCCAAGAGUUCCCCCAGCCCCUCCCCAAAAUCCCGCUCCAAAGACGAGUCCCCAAAGACCCCCGAAGUCUCCGAGUCAUCGCGAGGUGACAACGAGGACGAGAUUGCCGAGCUGAUGCUGGCCAGCACAACAAUUCGAAAGGACUCCGUGAACCGAAAGAAGGCGAAAGAAGCCAGAGAACUCGAGAACAUAAAAAGACUGAUGGAGGCUGAGACUGACCUGGGGCACGAGGAGCGCGUCACCAAGUUCGCAGCCUCGUGCAUUCAGAAGGUCCACGUUACCCUGGAGGCGUCCAACCCAGAGCUCCUGAGGACAAUAGUAAAACUCUUCACAGACUACAGCGAGAAAAUAGAAGGGGCUAAGCAGAGGCCUCAAGACCUCCAGGACAAAGUGGCUGUGGACUUCUACAGAGGAGUCUGCAACGCCCUGAAGGACUACCCAGAGCUCGCCUCGGACUUCGUGUCGUUCCUGAAGCCCCACCAGGCGGUUAUAGUGGACCAGUUCAAGGAGCACACAAUGUCCAAGAAGAUGGCUGAGUUCAUGAACGUAGCGCAGGUUUAUUUUGCCAAGCAGCCGGCCAGGAUGACUCGUUUGAUGCAGGCAAUCACUCAACUGGCUGCCGAGCCAUCUCCCAGCCUGGAGGGGGUGCACGCUGUCAUGGAUCCUGUGUUGAAGGGCCACUCCCUCCCCAUGGACAUGUUCCUGCAGUGCAUCCCCAGUGGCAGGCCCCCUGAGAGCCUCUUUCUGCCGCAUCUCUUCGAGAAUCUCACGUGUCCGGUGGGGCCUUACGACAAGAAUAAAGUUUACAGUGAGGACUCUCCGGAGCUGUACGAGAAUGUCGAAUUGUCAACUCCACCGAGUCAGGACGAUUAUGGUGGGGAGAACUGCAGGUGCAUUUGCCAUGAGAAUAAUAAUUCUCCAUCGAAGACGAACAGCUCUGAGCACUGCAUCUCGUGUGGGGUGAGGUACCUCAAUGGGAGGAUUUAUCUGCAGACUUCGGAGGGGCUGAGACCGGCAAAGGUGACUUUCCCAGGGGAUGAGGAGGAGAAGCUGGAGAAUAUCGCGAGGGUUUCGCUGAAGACUAGUGAGAGGUGCUCGCCUGCGGGCUCCACUGGGAGGCGGAGGAAGUCGUCGAAGAAUGAAGCUGGGCCUGAUGAGGUGUCCCAGAAGUUUUCUCUGAAGGGUUCGCCGGUCAAAGAGGGCGAGGAGGGGAAGACGAGGCGUGGGGGGAAGUCCCCUCCGAAGUAUGUGGAUCAGAGGAGGAUGUCGAAGUCCUCGGACACUGGGGGUAGCUCGGUGUUGGGGCAGUCCAGUGAUAGUUCUCCGAUCAAGAGCAAGAGGGAGAAGAGGGCUGAGAGGAGAGAAGCCAAGUCUGAUUCGAAAAAUUGUAAUUUGGAGUUUAAUAAGGGUGUUGAGGGGCGGUUUGGGAGCUCGAAUGAUCAGGAUGAGACGACCAGCAAGGUUGAGGCUACGGAGGUGAGUGAGGAGUCCAGUAAGGUUGAUAAUAGUGAGGACGAGGUAAAUGUGAGUGAGCAGAUGGAGGUGGAGAAUAGUAAGUCUGACAGCGACGUAACGGUUGAGCCGGAGGAUGUUGAUAGACCGUGGUCCAGGCACGAGGAUGCUGUGCUCCUGCAGCAUGUGCAGAGGGAUUAUUCGGAGAGGACUUUUGAGGUGGUCAGUGAGGUUCUCGAGGGAAGGACGGUGCAACAAGUGAAGAGACGAUGUGAAAUUUUACUUUCUUUGUUGGAGAAGAUAGUUUAGUUGGGGGUUCACAAAUUGUAUGUAAUUGAGUUUAUUGGAAUUGAUUAAAUUAAUGAAUAAGAGUUAAUUA